AUGGCGAUAUGGCCUUUUGGUCGCAAGAAGCGUCACACGAUUCAAGUGAGUCCCGACGAGGCCAAUGCCUUACAAUACGCCAUCGACGAUCACCAGGCGGCCGCUCCCACCCCGGUUGCCGAACCAACCUUGAGCCGCAAAGUGUCACGGCGCGUCUCUCGACGGGGCAGCACAAGAUGGUCGCGCAGUGCUGAGAGUUCCGAACCCCAAGGGCUGGGAGCUGGUCCAAGGCCUACCUCCCAACGGCCCCUCUCAUCGCUCGAUCACCGCCAGAUGCCAGAGGUGGGCAGUGACCGCGCCAGACCCGAGGCCACCUACCCACGGCCAAUGUCCCGUUCGGGGUCCCUGUUGAAGAAACAGCCAACCUCGGCUGGACCAAAGAAGCUUCGGAAAAGCAAGCGACAGACCGAUGAAGUUUUGCGUGAGCGCGAAAUCAAACUCCUCUCGUCCACCCCCAUUGACAUCCCACGCCGUGGCACUGGGAUGGGAAGCAAUGAGUAUGGACCAGAGUACCGUCGGAGAAGGGCACAGGGACGCCGUGCGGAUCGCUACAUGUCUGAUAUCAGCCUCUCCAUUCGGGACUCGGCCGCCUCCUCCUUGUCUGAUGUUUCCGAUUCCUACACGUACAAGGUCAAUGCGUUCGCAGCAUUAACUCCACGGCCCGUAGUCCGUUACGUGGAAACUCCUCGCCCAUCAGGUAUCCGCAACAAGUCGUCUUCGACACGUGUCGCCAGUGAUAGCGACCGGAACCCGCAUCUACCCACAUCCGGAGAGGACCUGUACCGCUCUCGAAGACGGGUGAACGAGCUGGCAGAUUCACUGGACGCGGGGACUCUGCGGGAAUUGCUCGAACGCGAUCGCCGUCGCAGGGAGAAGAAACAGUUGGAAGACCAAGAAAGGCUUCGUCGAAAACUGCAGGAACGAGCCGACGCACAAGCAGCCGCGGACCACGAGCAGGCCAUGAAGGCGACACAGGUCACCCAAGCUACAGAACCGGAAGACGCGCCGUCCACAGCUUCACCCGAUCCAGUCGAACACCGCGAAACAGUCCUAAACGAGGUGAUCGCGGAGGAGUCGGAGCAUGGCACGCCUGACGAAGCGGCUGGUACUUGGCUACAAGAUGCAUCCAAGCACAGUGAAGAGGAAGUUGAGAAUGCGAACGUGGCUGAAACCCUUGACGAUGGCUUUGUCCCCGAGCGUUCAUUGUCCGUCCGACCCAGCUUUGCUCCUUCGCAGGAGAUGGGCAUGUCUCGCACGACGCUCUCACCCUCACAUUCGUCUUUCCGCCAGUCGCAGACCUAUGGGGCCGGGUCCACCUCCGAUCUUUCAGAGCGUCGGACAUCGGACUCGGUCGGUCGUCGUGGAGGCAGUGCCAUCACUUCGCUGUUCCGACGCGGCUCCUCCCGUCUCAAGCGACACUAUCGGGAGCGAUUUCAAGACUCGAGUCCGGAUGUCUCCAAUGCAUCUCACGAGUCAUUCUAUCGCGUGCAAACACAGUCAUCGCCUCCCCCUCCAUCUCUUCUUGCUCCACGUGUUUUCAUUCCUACCGGUACCGUGAAACGAUCGCAGUCCAAAUUCACAGAGCACUUUGGCGACGAGCUCAUCUCGCCUCCUGACUCGCGCCUCCAGUCGCCCGACAUCCCUGAGCAGGUUCCAGAAUCAUCGUUGGAAAAUGAAGAUAAAGGGACCUUUUUACAUGGUCCAACACCGCCCAUCAGUGCCGUCGAUAUUCUUAACUCGAAGAGCCGACGUCACCUUUCCAGCACGGAUAGCUACGAUGCCGAAUCCGAAAACUUUCCGCUCUCGCAAUCCCUUGCCUCGAUCGAUUCCGAAGGGUCGUGGAUGUCGGGGCAAUUCUUCCGUCGGAUGUCACAAAGGGCUUCCGAAAGCCCUGUUCGCCCGAUCACUUCGCUUGGCGCUGCUAUGGACGGCCCGGUGGAUGGACAUCAUGACAUUCGUGAUUCCAUGGAUUCUCGUCGAGCAAGUAGUCAUUUAAUAGGUGAUCCAGAACCCCUGGAUGGUGACGAAAUCUCUCCGAUCGAACCCACAAAGGCCGCCGAGACCUGGCAUCACAGUGAAGUUGGUCGUCGAGCGAUCUUGGUCAAUGCGAAUUCUCGGUCUAAAUCCAACUCCGGGGUCAUCAAGGCUUUCCCUUCAUUGUCGCCUAUUUCCGCGGAGGAAGAUGACAGCGACAACGAGGUGGGUGCGCAGACUUCCAAGAAACCUCCACCCCAUCCACAACGCAUCCAGAGUAUGCAUGGCGUGAUUUGCAAUGCCGAUGACGAAUGA